AUGGACACACAAUCACGUCGGGUCUUCUCACUUCAGGAUUUCCCACCAAUUUCAGAUACAACACAAGUCAAUAAUCACAUUGGAAACAACUACGGAGGUAACAACUUCCAAGGAAACGGCAUCAUUGGAAGCAGCAACAACUCAUCACUUGUGUCAAACAGCUAUCAAAAUAAUCACAAUGUGAUUCCAACCUAUUUUGGAGGACCGUUAAUGGGACAGCCUGCUGAGCAACCGCAGAGCAUCAAAGGACACGGAAUUCUGACUUGGCUAUCAUCGAAAGCUGGACUCAUCACCACUGCAGAUGGAACUGUAAUUUCGUUCCAGUCAAAGGAAUUCUGCGAUCAGAAUCUAAAUGAUCUCCUUCAAGUUCUUCGUGUCGGGUUCACUUUGAAAUACCAUGCAAUCCUCACUGAUGGAAACCAAUACACGGCCAACCAAGUCAGUCCGUUAUUUGGAGAGGAAGCGACUGAGGUCUUCAAGAACUCAAAGGAAGUCGAUUUGGAGGCGGCCAACCCAAAUCCACCAAAUGCAAAGGACGCAUAUUCAUCUGCACUUGAGAAAACUGCCUACCACGCUCUUCUCAGCACCUUCCAAAGAAACGGAAUUCACAAGAUCCAGUUGAGCAGCCUCCACUCACAAAUGUCAAACUACGGGGAUGACAAGCUCUACCGAUAUGUCGGGAGCUCUUCAAUGAAACGCCGUCAAUUUGUGGAGCGUCGUACCCACGUCUUCUGUCUUCAAAAUGAUGACACUAUUACUCUACAGUACCCAGCUGUCUACCAAUGUGUGGUCCUUCUCUCUUCUUUCCUAUUACGACACGGAGGAGUCUCUUCGAUUCAAUGUUUGUACGACUUCUACGCCAGUCCAGAAAUUCCUCAAAACGUCAAAGAUCACGUCGGAUAUGAUCGUCAAAACUUCCUGAACCUUCUCAUCAGUCAGAAUUUUGCCUUCGCAGUCUUCCCUAGUCGUGCGUAUGUUUCUGCUCGCAGAAAUCUGCCCGACUUUGACUACUGUGAGUUCAUUGAGCAAAAUUUCCCAAUGUUGGCUGCACCGAUUCCAAUGCCGUAUGAACAACAAAUGCAACAACAGCCACAACUCCAUCAACCACUGUUCCAACCACAUCAUCCAAGAGGAGUUCAACGAACUAUGUCUGUCCCAAUGGGGGACUCAUAUGGAAUGACUGGACGGCCAUUCAACCAAAGCUCGUCCGUUCAACAUAGACCGCAUCACUAUAACAACCAAUUCACCGCUCCAAUGCCAGUCAGUAGUAGUUACCAGGCACCAGCUCCCGUCAAUGGCUCCAGACAAACUUCACCACAUCAAAAUGAUCUCUGGAGGUCUGGAUCUCGUAUGGGAGGAUGGUUGAACAGUGUAAACAGUGUGAGCAAUGCUCAAACUCGUCAACCAUCUCGUGUCGGAUCUCCAAGUACUUUUGAUUUAUACAAUGACAAUCAGCUAUCAUCUGAAUUUGGAAACUUGUUGUCGUUGAGACAAAACAGUGGGAAAAUCAGUACUGCAAGUCAGGUGGACGACUCUAGACUCGGAACAGAAGGAUGUACCUGUGAAUGCACCUGUGGACGUACAAGUGUCAAUGACACAAGUUCCACCAGAAGCGCAAACGCGGGAGUCAUUGGAUCCUCUCGUGCACUUCCAACUAUUCUUCCAGGAGUUAGCAACCUCGGACUGUUGGGAAAUCGUCCAUUGAGCAUCUCAACUUCUAGCUCUGAUGACCAACCACAGGUUGCCGACAGCUACGAUUUAUUUGUCUCUAAUGACAUCCUCACCGGAAACUUUGGCCCACUUCGCUUUGGAAACUUCUAA